CCGGCCAGCCACCCGCUGCUGGUGCGUCACGCUGACCACGGCGCGCUGGGGCUGGGCACCGGCACCGCCACCACCCGCCUGGCGCAGGGCUUGGGGCGCAGCCAGCGCACCCUCCGCCAGCUGACGGCCAACGCCGGCCACACCAUUCACGUCCACUACCCUGGCGCCCGCCAGCCCAACCCCCCCCUCAUCCUGCAGCGGCUGCUGGGCCCCUCGGCGGCGGCCGACAUCCUGCAGCUGAGCAGCAGCCUGCCCCUGCAGAGCCGCGGCCGGGCCCGGCUCCUGGUGGGCAACGAGGACGUCCACAUCAUCGCCCGCUCCGACGACGAGCUGCUCGAUGACUUUUUCCACGAGCAGGGCAGCGCUGGCAGCCAGGCAGGGACCCUCUCGAGCAUCCCCACUGCCCUGACGCGCUGGACGGAGGAGUGCAAGGUGCUGGAUGCCGAGAGCAUGCACGACUGCGUCUCGGUGGUAAAGGUGCCCAUCCUGGCCCGGCUGGAAGCUCUGCGCGAUGAGGAGCUGGAUGAGCGGCGAGAGAAACGCCGGCGGCAGGCGGCCGAGGAAGAAGCCAAAGGCACUGAACGGGGCCCUGAGGAUAAAGAUGGGCCUGAUGCCCAGGUGAGGGGCACCCCAGACACCCCUCCGAUGCGGCGUCCAAGGCCGCCACCCGCCUCCACUGAUGUCACCUCCCCAGAACACAGCGAAACGACGGGAGAGACCCCCCCCUCCCGGUCCCCACCGGACUUUGGUGAUGUUGGAACCGACGCCAGCACCCCCAGAUACCCCCCCAGGAGCCCCCCAAAUUCCCACUCGUCCCCCCCCAACCCCCCGAACAUGAAGAGGGGGGGGCCCGGACGACCCCCCCAAGAUGCCGAAGCCACCCAAAUGGAGCUGUCACCCGCUCCUACCAUCACAUCACUGUCCCCAGAGCGAGCAGAGGACUCGGACGCGUUGACGGCGGUGAGCAGCCAACUGGAAGGAUCCCCCAUGGACACCUCGAGUUUGGCUUCUUGUACCUUGGAAGAAUCCGGGGGGGGCCCCCCACCUCCAACAGCCCCCCAAAAUCCUCCCGGGACCCCCCAGGGAACCCCCCCCGCCCCCUCCGAUGCUGCUCAGCCCCCUGACGAUAGCUCCCCCCCUGCCUCAUCCUCGGAGAGUUCGUCCACCCGGGAUUCAGCUGUCGCCAUCUCGGGAGCCGACUCGCGGGGGAUUUUGGAGGAGCCCCUGCCUUCCACCAGCAGCGAGGAGGAGGACCCUCUGGCCGGGAUCAGCCUGCCCGAAGGGGUGGACCCCUCGUUCCUGGCGGCCCUGCCGGAUGACAUCCGCCGGGAGGUGCUGCAGAACCAGCUGGGGAUCCGCCCCCCGGCCCGUGCCCCGCCCACCCCCAGCCCCGCCCCCCCCGUGGUGGCCAAUCCCGGCCUGACCGAGGUCAGCCCCGAGUCUGCCGCCCUGCCCCCGGCCAUCCAGGAGGAGGUGCUGGCGCAGCAGCGCGCGGAGCAGCAGCGGCGGGAGCUGGCGCAGGCAACGAGCUCGGACGCCCCCAUGGACCCGGUGACCUUCAUCCAGACGCUGCCCUCGGAGCUGCGGCGCUCGGUGCUGGAGGACAUGGAGGACAGCGUGCUGGCCGUCAUGCCGCCCGACAUCGCCGCCGAGGCGCAGGCACUGCGGCGCGAGCAGGAGGCGCGGCAGCGGCAGCUCAUGCACGAGAGGCUCUUCGGCCACUCCAGCACCUCCGCGCUCUCGGCCAUCCUCCGCAGCCCCGCCUUCACCAGCCGGCUGAGCGGGAACCGGGGGGUGCAGUACACCCGCCUGGCCGUCCAGCGUGGCGGCACCUUCCACAUGGGGGGCAGCAGCAGCCACAGCAGGCCGUCGGGGAGCAGCGUGGACAGCCUCUUACGUCUCCGGGGUCGUUUAUUGUUGGAUCACGAAGCUCUUUCCUGCCUCUUGGUGCUGCUUUUCGUCGACGAACCCAAACUCAACACCAGCCGCCUCCACCGCGUCCUGCGGAACCUCUGCUACCACGCUCCCACCCGCGGCUGGGUGGUCCGCAGCCUCCUCUCCAUACUGCAGCGCAGCAGCGAGAGCGAGCUUUGCCUCGAAGCCCCUCGCGGCCCCCCCAUAGCUGAAGAAAGACCGCGACGAGCGAGCGGACGAGCCGGUAGCGCGGCCGGCGCAACUGUUGAACCUCGUGGUUUAGAUUUAUUACAUCGCGUAGAAGCUCGAAGUUCGGGACAACUUUCCUGGCUUUCCGUUUCUAUGGAUGCGGCUUUGGGUUGUCGUACCAACAUCUUCCAGAUCCAACGAGUUCCCGGACGGAAACAUACGGAAAAACACGCGGCCGCCGCCGGUUCCGCUGUUCACAUCCAUCCCCAGGCAGCCCCUGUUGUCUGCCGGCACGUCCUCGAUACCCUCAUCCAGCUGGCCAAGGUCUUCCCUAGCCACUUCACCCAACAACGAGGUCGAGACCCGACGAACGAACCGGAGCGAGACCGCGGCCCCCCAAAAUCAGGGGGCAGCCCCUGCCCCCCCCUACCUCCACAAACCCCCCCAGCCCCCCCGCCCCCCGCCCCCACCAUCCGGCGCUCCCCCCGCCAGCCCUUCCUCCUGCCUCCGGCAACCUCUCGACCGAUUUUUUCAGUCGGAAAGGCAAAAGUUCGGCAAAAAACGGGAGCAGGAGGCGGAGGGCCGGAGCCGGAGACGGCGGGUUUGGGUUUAGAAGCGUCACCUUUGGGUCAACUGAUGAAUAUGUUGUCCCACGGCGUUAUCCGCCGGAGCGCGCUCCUGACGGAAAAGCUGCUCCGUCUCCUUUCCCUGAUCUCCAUCGCUCUUCCUGAAGGGGGGAAGGGAGGCGAAGGGGGGGACACCCCAAAACGUCACGGUGGCGGCUGGUGGCGGUGCUGCUCCCUCGAGUCCGCCGGCGCAGGGCGGCAACACCGGGAAUGGCGGCGCCGGGGGAGGCGGGGUGGCGCAGCUGGGGCCCCCACCAAGAGCGCCAAGUCCCCGGCCAAAGGCUCGGAGGGGGGCAGCCCCGACCCCCGGAUGGCAGCCACGGGACUGACCGAGAGCCAGCUCCAGCUCUCCGUGGAGGUGCUGACGUCCCACUCGUGCUCGGAGGAAGGCCUGGAGGACGCGGCCAACGUUCUCCUCCAGCUGUCGCGGGGCGACGCGGGCACUCGGGACACUGUCCUGCGGCUGCUGCUGAGCGGGGCCCGGCAGCUGGGGGCCACCCUCUGCCGCCAGAUCGGUACGUUGUUGGCAGAACUGCGGGAGUAUAACCUGGAGCAGCAGCGGCGAGCGCAGAGCGAGGCUCCGUCCCCCGAGGGGCUCCCCGAGGAGCAGCCCCCCAGCGCCAAGCUCAAGGGCAAGAUGCAGAGCCGGUUCGACACAGCGGAGAGCGUGGUGAUCGUGGCGUCGCAGAAGCGGGCGCUGGGCGGGCGGGAGCUGCAGCUGCCCUCCAUGUCGGUCCUCACCUCCAAGACCUCCACGCAGCGCUUCUUCCUGCGCGUCCUGCAGGUCAUCAUCCAGCUCCGCGACGACACCCGCCGGGCGCACAAGAAAGCCAAGCAGGCCGGCCGCCUGGGCGCCGGGGGCCUCGGGGCGGCUGGCAGCAUCCAGGCAGCCGUCCGGCAGCUGGAGGCCGAGGCCGACGCCAUCAUACAAAUGGUACGUGAGGGCCAGAGGGCCCGGAGGCGGCAGCAGGCAGACACGUCGGAGGCCGGGCAGGCGGACAGCGCUCCCCGUCGCGAUGAGUCGCCCAUGGAUGUGGACCAGCCCUCGCCUGCCCCACAGGAUGCCCCUUCCGUGGGCUCGGAGGGUUCGCAGGGCGGGGAGCGGGACGAACGCCCCCCCGAGCUGCCCCUGCUGAGCGAGCAGCUCUGCCUGGACGAGCUCUGGGACAUGCUGGGAGAGUGCCUGAAGGAGCUGGAGGAAUCCCACGACCAGCACGCUGUCCUCGUGCUACAGCCAGCGGUGGAGGCGUUCUUCCUGGUGCACGCCACGGAGCGGGAGAGCAAGCCGCCGGUGCGGGACACGCGGGAGAGCCAGCUGGCCCACAUCAAGGACGAGCCCCCACCUUUGUCACCUGCUCCCCUGACCCCCGCCACCCCCUCCUCCCUCGACCCCUUCUUCUCCCGAGAACCUUCUUCCAUGCACAUCUCGGCCAGCCUGCCCCCCGACACCCAGAAAUUCCUGCGCUUCGCUGAGACCCACCGGACGGUGCUGAACCAGAUCCUGCGCCAGUCCACCACGCACCUGGCGGAUGGGCCCUUCGCCGUCCUGGUGGACUACAUCCGCGUCCUCGACUUCGACGUCAAGCGCAAGUAUUUCCGACAGGAGCUGGAGCGGCUGGACGAGGGGCUGCGGAAGGAGGACAUGGCCGUCCACGUCCGCCGUGACCACGUUUUUGAGGACUCCUACCGCGAGCUGCACCGCAAAUCCCCGGAGGAGAUGAAGAACCGCCUGUACAUCGUGUUUGAGGGCGAGGAGGGCCAGGAUGCGGGGGGUCUCCUGCGGGAGUGGUACAUGAUCAUCUCGCGGGAGAUGUUCAACCCCAUGUACGCGCUGUUCCGCACCUCGCCGGGUGACAGGGUCACCUACACCAUCAACCCCUCCUCCCACUGCAACCCCAACCACCUCAGCUACUUCAAGUUUGUGGGGCGCAUCGUGGCCAAGGCCGUCUACGACAACCGUCUCCUCGAGUGUUAUUUCACCCGUUCCUUCUACAAGCACAUCCUGGGCAAGUCUGUCCGGUACACGGACAUGGAGAGCGAGGACUACCACUUCUACCAGGGCCUGGUGUACCUGCUGGAGAACGACGUCUCCACCCUGGGCUACGACCUCACCUUCAGCACUGAGGUGCAGGAAUUUGGGGUGUGCGAGGUGCGGGACCUGAAGCCCAACGGGGCCAACGUGCUGGUGACGGAGGAGAACAAGAAGGAGUACGUGCACCUCGUCUGCCAGAUGCGCAAUGACCGGUGAGCGGCCGGCGCCAUCCGGAAGCAGCUGGCCGCCUUUCUGGAGGGUUUCUAUGAGAUUAUCCCCAAACGCCUCAUCUCCAUCUUCACGGAGCAAGAGCUGGAGCUCCUCAUCUCGGGGCUGCCCACCAUCGACAUCGACGACCUCAAGGCCAACACGGAGUACCACAAGUACCAGGGCAACUCCAUCCAGAUCCAGUGGUUCUGGCGAGCGCUGAGGUCCUUCGACCAAGCGGAUCGGGCCAAGUUCCUGCAGUUCGUGACAGGGACAUCCAAGGUGCCGCUGCAGGGCUUCGCCGCUCUGGAGGGGAUGAACGGCAUCCAGAAAUUCCAGAUCCACCGGGACGACCGCUACGACCGCCUGCCCUCCGCCCACACCUGCUUCAACCAGCUGGACCUGCCGGCGUACGAGAGCUACGAGAAGCUGCGGCACAUGCUGCUGCUGGCCAUCCAGGAGUGCUCGGAGGGCUUCGGGCUGGCCUAGGGGCGCCCUGCCCCCGCCGCAGGGUCUCUAUAAAUAUAUAUAUAUAUUUUUCGGUUU